AUGAAGAUGAAGACGUCGGAGAUGGAGUAUGAAAAUAGGGGGAAGAAAAAGAAGAUCAUAGGAAUACUGAUAAGCCAUGUGAUAUGUGUAAACGUCGGGUGCGGUCCGGCCGAGGAGCGUGUCCUUCUGACCGGUCUUCAUGCGGUCGCCGACAUUUAUUGUGAGAUCUGCAAAACGACAUUGGGAUGGAAAUAUGAACAUGCAUUUGAAUCUUCGCAAAAGUACAAAGAGGGCAAAUUCAUCAUCGAAUUGGCGCAUAUGGUGAAGGACAACGGAUGGGAUGAGCAGAACGAUUCAUAA